UGACAUUUUAAAAGGAAUACCUUGGGCGUUGUAGAGGGACAAGGUUACAAGGAGGAAGACUAGUGAUGAGGCCUCGGCAAUGAUUGAUUGAUUCAGAGAUGAUGGGUCUUGGAGAAGAGCCUGCUCCUUGGGGAGCAGUGGUUAGAAUGGAAAUAUAAUUUGAUGGGAGACCCAACACAAUGUGCUGAUGGAUAUAGAGAGUGGGAGAAAGAGAAGUCAUUGGUGACUUGACAAUCUUUGGUUUAAAUAACCGGAUGAAGGAAGUUGGCCUUUACCAACACAGAAAAUAUAGUAAAUUUAGGGUCAGGCUUGGGGAAUAAGACCAAGAAAUCAGUUUUAGGCAUUGCUAUGGUAUGACUGUGUCCCCUCCAAAAUUCAGGUGCUGCCAAUGUGAUGGUAUUAAGAGGUGGGGCCUUGAAGAUGUAAUUAGGCCAUGAGGGCUCCACCCUCAUGAAUGGGAUUAGGUGUUUUUAUAAAAGUGCCUGAAGGAAGGAGUUGGACCUAUUGUCCUUCCACCUUGUGGGGACACUGCUCCUCCUUUCUGGAGCAUACAGCAAUGAGACAUCAUCUUGGAGGCAGAGACUAGACCCUCACCAGACCCCAACCUGCUGGUGAUUUGAUCUUAGACUUCCCAGCCUUGAGAACAAUAAGAAAUAAAUUUCUGUUCUUUAUAAGUUACCAGUCUUGGGUAUUGUGUUAUAGCAACACAAAUGGACUAAGAUGAUGUAAGGGUCCUCCUGGAUAUCUAAAUGGAGGUGCUGAGCAGGCAGGUAAGACACAGGUUUCCGGCAGAGGGAGGUCUCAGCUGUAGACACAAAGCAGGGAGGUCUGGGCUGCAGACACAAAGUCCUCAGAGUCAGUCAGGAUGAGCUCUACUAGGAAAUGACUUUGGAUGAGUAAAAGAAGUUGAGAAGAUGAGGAGGAUUCAGGAAAAGAGACUAUGAGGGAAGCAUCAGUGAGGAGGAGAAAAAUCAAGAUAGCAUAUUGCUCCUGGAGGCAAGAGAGAGUGACAUGGAAGUGAAGAAUGAAAUGCCAAUGAAAGUGACAACUGUAUGGAACACUGCUGACUGGUUAUGAGUGAAAACUGAUCACUGGAAGGAAGGUGACUUUGACAUAAGCUGUUUUUGGUGAAGUGCUGGGAUCCAAGCCUACCUGAGAUGGGGUCAAGGGAGAAGUGCAAGUGGCUGCAUUGGCACUUCUCCAGUAUGAAGGCAGACUGGAGACUGAACUCUCCAGGAGAAACAGAAUGUGAACUGUACGAGCAAAUUGAAAUUUUCUACAGACCCAUUAAAAAAGUAAAAGGACACUUUUAAAGGUGAAAUUACAUUUCAAUAAUAUAUAUUUAACAUAAUAUAAAAUAUAAUCAUUAUAGUACGUGAUCAAUGUAAAAAAUAUUCAGAUGUUUUAUAUACUAAGUCUGCAAAGUCUGGUGUGCACUUUAAACUUUGAUUACAUUAUUUCUGACUUGCCGUAUUUUAAAUACUCCAUAGUCAAAUGUGGCCAGUGGCUACAAGUACUGGCCAGCACAGGUCUAGACAACACCACUUUGGAAGAAUUUUGCAGUAAGGGAGAACAGAGAAACGGGGGCACCCACCACUGUCACCCUCAAUACAGCUUGGUGAGGCAGAUAUUAACACCACACCCCAGGGUCAGAUGCUGCUGGCUAGAACCUGGUGUGACGCGGACACACAACAUGGGAUGGUAACACCCCUACCCAUCUGACAAACACGGCCUAUGUUGGGAGUGACUUGCAGCCAGCUCUCCAGCAACUGGCUGAAGGCUCUAAGACAUUAAUAUUAGCUGAGGUUGGAGUUUAUGGCGGCAGAUCUUUGGGGCCAUGUCAUUAGGUUACUGGUCACUCCAAGAGUCCUUGGGGUGCACCAGCCAAUCCCAGCUCAUCCUGACCACAUGGCCCACCCCAUAUGAUCCUCCUAGUAUCCUUCAUAGCCAUACUGGAAGCAUAUGGCAGAAGCUAUCCCACCAAACUCUUGUUUUUAGGAUUGUAAAACGUCAUGUGAAGGCAAUAAAGGGAUGAAAAAAAGCUAUUCAAUGUCUUUAAAAUUGUUCUCAAGGUAGGACUUCAUGAAUUCUGUCUUCAUCUUUUGAGAGCUGGAUCUGUUUUCUCAUGGUUAUGUACAUGAGUUUCUUCUGAUUCUGUUACAUUCAACCCCAAAUGAAAAUAAUUAAUGGCUGGCUUUACUGGGUGCUGGGCAUGCAACACGAGGCCUCCGAUGGUGAGGUCCGACGAGGCUACCACAAGGUGUCCCUGCAGGUACACCCGGACCGGGUGGGCGAGGGCGACAAGGAGGACGCCACCCGCUGCUUCCAGAUCCUGGAAAAAGUCUAUUCCAUUCUCGGUGACAGAGAACAGAGAGCAGUGUAUGAUGAGCAGGGAACGGUGGACGAGGACUCUCCUGUGCUCAUCCAAGAUCAAGACUGGGAGGCGUAUUGGCGGCUACUCUUUAAAAAGAUAUCUUUAGAGGACAUUCAAGCUUCUGAAAAGACAUACAAAGGUUUGGAAGAAGAGCUGGCUGAUAUUAAGCAGGCCUAUCUGGACUUCAAGAGUGACAUGGAUCAGAUCAUGGAGUCUGUGCUUUGCGUGCAGUACACAGAGGAACCCAGGAUAAGGAAUAUCAUUCAGCAAGCUAUUGACGCCGGAGAGGUCCCAUCCUAUAAUGCCUUUGUCAAAGAAUCGACACAAAAGAUGAAUGCAAAGAAAAGGAGGGCUCAGGAAGAGGCCAAAGAAGCAGAAAUGAGCAGAAAGGAGUUGGGGCUUGAUAAAGGCGUGGAUAGCCCGAAGGCAGCCAUUCAGAGCAGACAAAAGGAUUGGCAAAAGGAAAUGGACAAUUUUCUGGCUCAGAUGGAAGCAAAGUACUGCAAAUCUUCCAAAGGAGGAGGGAAAAAAUCUGCUCUCAAGAAAAAAAAGAAAUAAUGGAAUUUUUCUCUUCAAAGGUCCUUAGGUGUAAAUCGAUGCCAUUGUAAGCAAGGUGCAGGCAAGAUUUGAAGGCAAAAAGCAAUUCAACUCUUGAGAAAAGAUGUCUUUCCAGCCUGAAUUUUUCAGAUUGACUAGACCAAGCAGAAUCUCUCAACCUGAUCUUAGUAUUUCCUAGAAAGCACUUGACAUUGUGUGAGGUCUCACCUGAAGGAACUUGGUGGUGACAGUUGGGAGGGUGGAGGGAGGCAGUGUCCUUCCUGACAGCACUUGCCUCCAUGGAUCUUCUGUACACAGCACUCUUAUCUAGGAUGUGGUUCUGUUCAUGCCACUUUCUGCGAUGUGCGUGUCUGUUAGAAUAGGCUCUCUACCCAGCUAGAACACCUUCCAGACACUUGCUGGACAGCUAUCUUCCACAUACUUCCCAGUUUACAUUUGGUCUUAAUGAUCUUGAAUAGAUCCUCUCUUCAUUUUACUCAGCCAGGUUUUGUACUGAUGUACAGGUGUUAAAUUACUUCAAGCAUUUUUGUAA